UUCUUUUGCGACGUCAAAUGGCUGCGCCAGAAGAAAAGCAAUGCGCCGAUUUUUAUCAGUAUUAGAGUGUAAGCCGUACAGAAAAUCCUCCAGUUUUCGAUGUAAAUCUUUAGUCACUCACGGUGGUUUCUUUGUGACUUGCGGUAGAUUUCACGUCUUCGCCUUAGUCAUGCGUCCAGGCUGCUUUCCUUUGGCCCUAACCUAGCUUCCUUUGUACUUACACCUAGAUUCCUAAGACACCGCAGGGAUAUGACAAGGCAGAUAAACUGAAUA